UUAUCCCAAUACCUGCACGAUGUUCCGCAACUUUUUGGUUUUUGUGCUGUUGGCACUCUCACUAGUGCUCAACUCCAAUGCUCAUGUGCCGAUAACAACCUUCGAUAGUGCUUGUUUCGAAGAAGCUGGAAUCAGUGAACAUGAGUUCGAGAAGCGAAUCCCUACUCUAUUGGCUGACCUAGAUUCUAUGAGCGACAAGGAAUCGUGUUACUUCUCGUGCAUCGGGAAGAAAUCAGGGGAAAUACUUGAUGAUGGAAUCCUUGAUUUAGACGGCUUUCGGACGCGUGCAUUCGACAUGACAGACGAGCAAUACCUGUUUUUGAAAAACUGCACCGAACAAACGGAAGUCAAUCCCUGCCAAGCGACGAAGAAGAGUAUUUUGUGCGUGAAACAAUUGAUCGCGCAGUUAGAAACAGAGUAUGCAGCAACCGCUUCCGAAGCCUCGUGAAUAUGGUUUGAUUGCAUAGAUGGGUCGACCCAAGAACUUUCCAAUAAAGAGAAAACGUAAUACUCCGGAUUCUUCUUUUUUCCAUUCCACUAAUGCGGUGGUCGGACCGUCAUAUAUUAUCAAUGUACGCCUCGAAGUGGAUUUUGACCCGCGCUUAAUUGAAAAAAAAAAUUAUAAUAAAAAUAUCAAUUUUCGAAUAAAUAAAAAUAA